GGCGUUCGUCCGACGGGUAUAUCAACACAUCAUUGAUCUCUCUGACCAUCACAAUGCUUUCUUGAUCCCGGGAUGAGGAGGGAGAUCCAGCAGUAGACGUACCGUACGCCAUGUCGCUGAUUCUGGAGACGUGGUCGCAGAGGGUGUCUGUAUCUGCGACCAAGAGUACCUGCAACUUGAAGUCGGCAACAGGAACAUUGGUCGUGGUGACGGCACUUUCAAGUCGGCGGCCGAGACGAACACCGGCUCACUGGCAGCAGCAGAGGCGGAAGUUCUGCGCCAGUGCGAGUCUCAAGGAAGCACGUGUUCCUUUCCAACAGUCUCAGUCUGAGGUCAGACAUCGAAGUGCGUCCAAGGUCUAUGCGAGCGCCGACGACGCCAUUGCAGACCUCAAGGAUGGCACGACCAUUUUGAGCUCCGGGUUUGGACUUUGCGGAGUAGCUGAAACACUCAUCGACGCAAUCCGCCGCAAAGGAACGCGCAACCUAACAGUGGUAUCCAACAACGCCGGCGCCGGCGAAUACGGACUCGCGAAACUCACCUCCAACGGCCAGAUUUCACGCAUGGUAGUCUCAUUCAUCGGAAACAACAAAUCCCUCGGCAAACAAUACCACGACGGCCAGGUCGCAAUCGAACUAUGUCCACAAGGCACAAUAGCCGAACGCCUCCGUGCAGCAGGAGCCGGGAUCCCAGCCUUUUUCACCGCCACGGGAGCACGCACUUUAAUUGAAACAGGCGGGAUCCCGAUCCGAUUAGGGCCCAAGGAUCCACAGACUGGAAAACACGAAGUCAUCGAGCCUGGAAGGCCCCGUGAGACGAGAGUCUUUGACGGCCGCACGUAUCUGAUGGAAACAGCUCUAAAAGGUGAUGUGGCUAUCGUUCGAGCAUGGAAGGCCGACGAGGCCGGCAACUGCAUCUUCCGCACCACCACGAAAGCAUACGGCGUAUUGAUGCCCAAGGCGGCCAAGCUGGCCAUUGUCGAAGCCGAAAACAUUGUCCCUGUGGGCUCUUUGGAUCCUGACCAGGUCGACUUGCCUGGUAUAUAUAUCGACCGUAUCUGUCCUGCAACUUCGGAGAAACAUAUUGAGAAACUUGUUCUGGCGCCAUCGUCCAACAAAUCAUCUUCGGCGGCCGGAAGCGGUAGUAGCAGCGGCAGUGGAGGUGGAAAUGGUGGUAACAAUCAAGGUCAAGAUCAAGAAACCAUCAAACGCAACCGCAUCGCAAAACGCGCAGCCAAAGAAUUCAAAGACGGAUACUACGUCAACCUCGGCGUGGGGAUUCCGACUCUGGCAACCUCGUUCCUCCCGCCCGACACAAAAGUCUGGCUCCAGUCCGAAAACGGAAUCAUCGGAAUGGGUCCAUACCCUGAGUCCCGCGAGGCCGCGGAUCCAGAUACAGUCAACGCGGGCAAAGAGACAGUCACGUUACUUCCUGGAGCGUCCACGUUCGACAGCGCCGAGUCGUUCGGCAUGAUCCGCGGCGGACAUGUUGAUGUGUCGCUCCUGGGUGCUCUGCAGGUUUCGGCGACCGGUGAUCUGGCGAAUUAUAUUAUUCCUGGAAAAGCGUUCAAUGGGAUGGGUGGUGCUAUGGACCUCGUUAGUAAUCCGGAUAAGACGAAGAUUAUCGUCUGUACGUACCAUACCGAUAAGGAUGGUCGGAGCAAGAUUGUUGAUCAGUGCGAUUUGCCCCUAACGGGUAAGGGGGUGGUUAGUACGAUUAUUACGGACCUUGCGGUUUUUCAGGUCGAUAGGGUCGGUGGGAAGGGGUUGUUGCUGACGGAGACGGCGGAGGGGGUUAGUGUUGAUCAGGUCAGGGAGAAGACGAGUGCGAAGUUUACUGUUGCGGAGGAUCUGGGGGUUAUGGAUUAGAUGGGGGAGGGAGGAAAGGUUACUAGACAAGGAUGUCAUGUCCUGCUGGCUGAUGUGUUGUUGGUGAGAGAGGGCUGGGUUUGGUUUGCGUACAUUGUGCAGAGGCGGCGCUGAUGCAUUCGUGGGUCAUGGUGACAUGCUAUGCUCUGCUUGUUGUCGUUUUGGACAGGGUUUUGCCAAAGGCCUUAAAGUUUUGAGUUGGAUUCUCCGGGACAUAUUCCAAGUCUUGUUCAUGUGACGUCCCCAGUCUCUCUGUUUGUUCGAGGGCGUGGUUGUGAUCGUGCUUGUCACCGUCAACGAAAGAUACCAAUCCGUUUCCACCAGAGAAAGAUGUGCACACAUAUCUCGCCUCGAGCACACCACAUAUAUCGAAGCUGGAUGCAUAGUGCAGCGCAGCGUUCGGCCACGCAUGGGGCUCGUUCUGCGCCAUACAUACAUAGCCUUGGCUAUAAAAGUCCAUUCGAGUCCAUUUCCUCAGAAACGAAAGGAUGUUGUGGUUCCUAUUCCCAGCCUGGCUGACUUGAACGAAAAAGGAGUCAAGGAACGCAAAUGGUUUUUGUAUUAGUCCUACCCCUUGUCCAUCAAGGCGAUGCCAUAUCAGUACCUACCACCUACCGCUACCCUGUUCAGCCAAAGUCACAACACUUAAUACUUAUUAUGCCCAACAUGACGGCCGUCUUCCAUGGUUCACUUACUCCUUCACUGCGAAUUUGCAUUGCACUCUCAAUC